AUGGAGGUGAAGGGGCGGCAGGCAUGGAAGGUCAAGGAGUUUCACGUGUCGCUGCAUGGAUGGCACUCGGUCGUCGACCUCCUCGGAGACAGAACCGCCGUCAUGAUCGCAUACUGGCAGCAUGAAGGGCAGACGUUCCUCAUUCCUGACGGGAGCAGAGUGACAGUCAAGGUCGGCGACAAGCUCCUCGACUUCAUCGCAGGUGCUGCUUCCCCUGCCCCCUCUUCCACACUGACUCAGCGGGAGGAAAUGGAGUGCGAGUUGAAGGUCGCGCCGCAUCUGCUGACGGAUGCGAGAGUCGAAGAGAUCGAGAAUUUGAAGGGCAACGAGAUGUUCACUGCCGGCGAUUUCGUCUCCGCCCUCAUAUGGUACGACAAGGCCUUCAGCAUGGUCUCCAGCCCCAAGAGCUUCGGAGAAGAGGAGGACGAGGCUCGCCAGGUCUGGGUCGCCUGCCACCUGAACCGAGCAGCCUGCCAUCUCAAGGAGAAGAGAUAUCAAGACACCAUCGCUGACUGCGAGCGGGUGCUGGAGUUCGAGGGGGAGAAGAAGAACCUCAAAGCGCAUCUGCGGCUGGCAGAAGCUGAGCUGGAGCUGCGGAAUUAUGACCGCGCAGAGAUGAUGCUGCUGGAGGCGCAAUUGGCGCACUCGGACAACGCUGCGAUCAAGCGACUGCAGGGGCUGGUGAGGAUGAGGCGAGAGAUGGACUUGAGGGACGAGAAGAAACUCUACGGAAAGAUGCUCCACAAGGACACGUGA